AUGCGAAACGUUUCAGCAAUAUCAGAGCGGGCCCAGUGGGGCUUGACCAUGCUGGAGAUGCUCAUUUCCCUGAGUAUCCUGGCAAGCGUUGUGGCGGGCGUGACCUCAUUGGUGCAGGGCGUGUCGGACGAUACGAAGGCAUCGAUCACCGCACUGCACACCAAGACAAUCGGCGACGCGGCUGGCGUCUACAUCAAGGACAACUACGCAGCGUUGCUCGGUGCAUCAACGGCCACGACCCCGGCAUUAGUUCGUGUUUCGGACUUGGUUUCGCAGGGAUACCUCCCUGCCGGCUACGCAGCAACCAACCCUCGGGGGCAAUCCACGUGCGUCCUGGUACUUGAGCCAACGGCGAACAAGCUCACAAGCCUGGUGUUGUCCGAAGGUGGCGAGAUCAUCGAUGACCUUACCCUGGGCCAGAUCGCAUCCCUCAUCGGUGGCGCUGGGGGUGGGCUCUAUUCCACCGCACCAACGACCGCCCGAGGAGCGAUGGGUAACUACAGCUUCGCGGUCGGAGCGUUUGGAAACCCCAAUCACUUGAACCAGAGGUGCGACGGUACGGCCGGCAACAUUACCGUGGCUGCUGGCCACCCGGUCAUGGCUCUGUGGUUUGCGGACGGCGCCGCUGGCGCGGCCACGCUUUACCGGGACAGCGUGCCUGGCCAGCCCGGGAUGAACACCAUGAACACGCCCAUCCUUAUGGGACCAGCUUCGCAGCAAACUAUCGGCGCCGCCUGUUCUACCGUUGGAGCAAUCGCAUCGAGCUCAACGGGUGCGGUGUUAGCUUGCGAAAGUGGGGUAUGGAAGCAAGGUGGAAGUGCCUUCUGGGCCGAUCCUGUGGCCACUGCAGCUGGGAUGCCUGGGUGCACAGCCGCUCUUCUGAAUCAGACCAGGGUUGUCCAGAACCCAAGUGUGGGAACUGGUCCGCGAGCGUUUACUUGCAAUGGGGCAGGUUCCUGGUUGCCCUUGGCGGUCGAUGACUUCGGCAAUCUUGCUGUGGCGGGUACUGCCACCAUGGGGGGCCUUGCGUUGACGACUAUCAACGCAGAGAACACGGGUUGCUCUCCCAAUGGUCGUGUGGGCAGAAACGCGGCAGGUGAUACCUUGGAAUGCUCGUCUGGUGUCUGGCGCAGGGGAGUUAAAGCCAGCGGCGACACGAUGACAGGAAACCUGUCCGUUCACGCUAGUGACUGGAGCAUGAUCGGCCGAGCUGCGGGUGGUGUCGACAACGUUAACCCGCAAAGCGGUGUCGGCUCUGCCUAUCUCAAUGACGUCUAUCUCCGGUCGGCGGGGAGGUGGCUCAGCCAGCCAACGCCUGAUGCCCAGGGUACGCUCUGUGGAAACUACGGCGAUCUGACCGGAAUGACAGCGUCCUGUCUCGGGUUCAAUCCGCAGACGAGUUGUCCUACUGGCUACACAAGGGUCACGACUGCAGUGUCUUAUGGCGGCUGUUGCGGCAUCUACAACUACUCGUGCGCAAAGAACUGA